CAGUAUUUAAAUGCACGCCUCAUAGUUUUCUCUCUGUACUGACAAUUAUUAUUGGUUCCCCCUUUUUUAAUAUUGUUUUCACACACUCCCACACCAUUCAAAGUACCUUCAGGCUAGACGCGAACAUCUACAAAACCUCAUUAUUGUGAGGUGAUGGACUUCAAGCAAUUUCGUGAUACUGCUGAACUUUCAGACUUCACAGUUUACAUUGAUAAUGAGAGGUUUAAAUUGCACAAAUUCCCACUUUAUACAAAGUCUGAUUACUUCAAAGAAAUAGCAAGCAGCAAUCCUGUUUGUCAGAUAAAUGAAUUUCCUGGCGGUUCGAAAUCCUUUGCUGUCGUUGCCGAUUUUUUUUACGGCAAAGAAAUAAGCAUUACUUCUGAGAACGUGGUUUAUUUAUAUGCUGCAGCCGACCUCCUUAAAAUGAAAGGCAAAGAUAAUUUACUCGAGAUUUCUAGGAGAUUUUUGGAUGGAGUUUUUUCUUCUGCUUUGGAAAGAAAGGACAUAGUUAAUCUGAUAUGUGUUUUGUGUUCAUCUUGUGAAAUUAAAUCGGAUGUUGGUAAGAAAAUUUGUGAGGACGCAACCACCAUUUUAAUGUCAUUAUGGCUACACAGGGAAAAUAGUUCAAAAGGCUACUUUUCACCCCAAACCAUAAAUUUCACACAUUCAGAACGAGAAUUAUUCAACGACGAGUCAGUAUCUGAUUACCUGGCUUAUCUCCCAUUGGAAAUAUUUUUGAAGAUUAUUAACAUUGCAAGAGAUCAGAACGUAGAGGAGAAGAUUGUUUUAGAUGCUUGUGCAAAGUACUUGGGUCGAGUCCUUGGUUUCUACGAUCCAGAGGUCUCCGGAAACGGAGUAUCUAAAACUUCAGAUGCUCAGAAAAACACUGAUACGAAAAACGUUCCAUCUAAAGAAGUUUCUAACUCAGGUGAAGAUAUUAUUUCUGAUCAACCAUUUUGUGGUUUAAAUGUAAAAAUAAAGUUCGACCACCAGAUAAGGUUGGAAAAGCUGUACAAAGAUAAUGUCGUCCUGUUUGAAAAUUUAAAAAAUACUAUAGAACAGUUCGAGAAAAUUUUUGAAACUCUGGAUAAACCAAUUGAUAUUUGUGGUUUUAUUAACACCACUUGGAUUGUUAAGGCAUUACUAUUGACAGAUUCAAACAGAGCGAAGUCAAAGUGCCGACUGGAUAUUUUAAAAAUAGCCAAGAGAAUGCUUACUAGUUUUUCUGAGCAAGACUUCGAUAAACUUUCACCUUCUAUAUUGAAUGAUAUUCUCAAUUCUGAUAAUAUGCAAAUAGAAAAGCCACCUUCAGAUGAAGUUAUCAGUCUUUCCAGGAGAAGCUCAAGAAGGAAAAGCUACAAAGAAGAGAUCUUGGAAAACAAUGCUACUGAAAUACCUGGUAAUCGUAAACAGAGCAAUAUUAAAGAAACAAAUAUUGAAGAUGUUAGUGAAAAUCAUGGAAACACGAAUGAGACAAAACAUGAAAUAUUACCUGAAUCAGUAGCAAAUAAAAUCAUAAAAUAUAUGUUAAAGAAAGCCGAUGAGCAAAAGCUAACAAUGCAGCAAUAUAUUCAAUUGCUAAAACAGAUUCAAGCUCCAAAUCAUCAAACUUCUCUAGAUAAUGACUUUGUAAAAAUCUUAAUAAAACUUACUAAAUCAGGUCAACCUCGUAAUGAAGAAGAUGCUCAAGAGAUAAUGACCCAUAUUAAUUUAAACAAUUGCACAGCUGAUACUUUAAAUGAUGCAUUGGAAUUGGAUUUGUUUCCUCCUAAGACUGUUGCUGCAGCAGCACUGUAUGUUGCUAACAAGAAGCAGGAUAAUCAAAUCAUCAAUUCAAAUCAUCUUGAAUAUCCUUAUACAUGGUUACCUAAUUAUUAUUAUACAAAACCAUUCAUGUUACCAUUACGUGGUAAACCUCAAUGUACUACGGAUCAUCAUCAUUAUCAUUAUAAUAAUAAUAAUAAUAAUAGUAAUUCACAUUAUUCAAGAUCAUAUUAUCCUUCUUAUCAGAAAUCACGUAGUUCAUCAUUAAAUAGAAAUUUACAAACAGAAUAUAAACAGAAUAGUUUCCAUCCAUAUUUAUUAUCCUAUUCUACUUUACAACCCUAUUCAUCAAAUGAAUUCAAUUAUUCUAAUCAUAAUAGUAAUGCUAAUCAUAUGAAGUUCUCAGAUUCAUUUAAUAAUCCUAAUUAUCUUUCAAGAACUAUACCCCAUAAUAGAAGAUACUGUGAAUAUUCUACAUAAUUAAUAAUAAUAAUAAUAAUA